CGCAGCCCCAAGAUGUGGUGCCUCCUCGUGCUGCUCUGCUCCCAAGGAAUCGCCUUUUCAGCAGGAUUCACAACACCCUCCACCCUGAAUUCAGACACAAGCCAGUACAGGAAGACUCGCAACCCCGAAUGCUUUAUGAACGUUAGUGAAAUUAUCAGAUAUCAUGGAUACCCCAGCGAGGAAUAUCAAGUUACCACAGAGGACGGAUACAUUCUUGGUGUUUUCAGAAUUCCUGCUGGGAGGAACAGCCAAAAUACAGGGCAAAAGCCUGUAGUCUUCCUACAGCAUGCUUUUCUAGGAGACGCUACCCACUGGAUUUCCAACCCGCCCAACAACAGCUUGGGCUUCCUGCUCGCAGAUGCUGGCUAUGAUGUCUGGAUGGGAAACAGCCGAGGGAACACUUGGUCUUUAAAACACAAGACCCUUAAUCCCAGCCAGAAAGCAUUCUGGCAGUUCAGCUUUGAUGAAAUGGGUAAAUAUGAUAUUCCAGCAGAGCUGUACUUCAUCAUGAAUAAAACUGGACAGAAGGAUGUAUAUUAUGUUGGUCACUCUGAAGGCACGACAACAGGCUUCAUAGCAUUUUCUACAUACCCUGAGCUGGCUAAACGGGUGAAAAUGUUCUGUGCUCUGGGACCAGUAACCACAUGCUCACAUGCUACAAGCCCUCUGAUUAAGAUAGCCAAUUUUCCUGAACCACUGCUCAGGUUAGUACUGGGCUGCAAAGGAGCCAUGCACCAGCUUGGAUUUCUGAAAGGACCUGUGACACAGUUAUGUACAAGCCUGGAUAAGUUUUGUGGCCAUGUACUCUGUUACAUAGCUGGAGGCAACAUAAAAAAUCUGAACACGAGUCAAACGGAUGUAUACGUAGGACAUUCCCCUGCUGGAACAUCAGUACAGAACAUUAUUCACUGGCAUCAGAUAACACGUGCAGACCAAUUUCAAGCUUAUGACUACGGCUCGAAGGAAAACAUGAAGAAAUACAACCAGUCUACUCCUCCUGUGUACAAGAUAGAGAAGAUAAGCACACCAAUUGCUGUUUGGAGCGGUGGAAAGGACAAAUUUGCAGAUCCAAAAGACAUCGCAAAGCUACUUCCUCGGAUUACUAAUCUCAUUUACCAUGAGCGUUUUCCUGCUUGGGGACAUCUUGAUUUCAUCUGGGGCCUUGAUGCAACUGAGAAAAUGUAUCAGAAAAUCAUUGAACUAAUAACAAAAUACUUUUGAAACCACAUGCAGAGCGUUGAUUCACUCAGUAGAAACCUCCAAAAUUUCUAU